UCACGCAUCGCCCAUACAAGAUCACCCAACUUCCUCCGCAUAAAUUCUCUACAGUGUGUAUACGGACAAUUACCACCCGUACUAUAUAUGCACUUGUCUGCUCUAGCUCUCCAUACACACAGUCAUAUCAUAGAAAAGUAUACUACGACUGCUAGUACAGUGCAGUAUUACCGUACGUCGAGAGUAUAGUACACGCUUUAAACCUUAGCAGACAGCAUAAUCUUCUGAAGUACAUAACAAGAACAACAUCAGACAUCGUGUGUUCUCGUGAAGGUAGUUUUCUUUGGUCAUAUUAAGGGCCUCUAAUAAAACGAUGCCGAUGGAGUGGACAGAAACAGAGCGAGGAGGAAGAAAACUUUUAUUUGAUGGUUAUAUAUAUGUGAAGAAGAGGAAUUUAGCUGGUGGAUGGGAAAGCUUUGAAUGCAAUCAGAGAAGGAACAAAAAGCAAUGCAAAGCCUGCAUUAAAGUCAGGGUAUCUGGUGAAAAUGAAUUCAGAGAUAGAACAGAACACAACCAUCCGCCUGACCAUGGCAAAGCUAAUGCUUACAAGGUAAAGAAUGCUGUCAAGAGAAUGGCUUUGGAAACAGAUGAAAGUCCCAAACAGAUUCUGAUGGCUACAAUGCAGCAAGCAACGCAAGAAGGGUUGAUGGCCAUGCCAGGUCUAGAACACAUUAGAAGAUCCAUCCGGAGGCAACGCCAGGACAGUCGACAAUCAAUGAAAGUUGAAAGGGCAGUGGAGCCUGGUUUGAGCAAUAUUUGGAGCAGUAUCAGGAAACAGCAACGAGACAUCCAAGAAGCCCUUGUAGAUCGACGAAAGGACCAGGAAAUCCUUGAAGACAAUGGUCCAUCGUCGCUUCCAGGAAGGAGUGAUGAUGCCAUAGAAAAACCAGGUUGCAGUAUUCCAAACCAUGCACUGAAAAUAGAUCCAGAAACUGAAGGCAGAAGAUCAUCUUCACCUGCAAGAGAGGAUGAUACUGCAAUUCCAGGGCAUCCCCAAGAUGCCCUGUUAGAAUAUUUGGAUGGUGAUCAAUCAACAUCCCCUGCAGGAGAGCAUGAUGAAAGCAUAGCUUAUCAAGGUUCACAACAUAGAAAAAGGCAUCACCAAAACAUCCAACACACUAGCUUUAAUGACGGUCCAAAAUCAUCUUCCCUAGCUUCGUCUAAAUAUUGUGUUCUUCUGGAACAACCGUGCUCAAAAAGUGCAAAAAUGCAUCAUCAGGACAACCCUAGUGAGGGAAGUACAGGUCAUAGAUCCUCUGCAGUGAUGACUAGUGAUUAUGCAGCACCUUCGGGUUCUGGAAGUACAGAUAUGCAGGAGCAAGCCAUCCAAGACCUCUUAGCUACAGAUCAGGACAUCAACAGCCAAGGAUCAUCCUUUCCUGCUGCAGGGGUCCAUGAUCCAUUACCAGACCUGAGAGUUCUCAAGGAAGAACAUGAAGACCUUCAAAGAGCAUUCGGAAUCCAAUGGGAGUGUUAAGACCAGGGCCCCAUCUUGCAAAGAGUUGCAAUCGAUCUGAUCACAACUAUGGAAAGCCAGCAAUGCCAACAACUUUAAAGCAUAUUUGUUCAAAAUAUUUUCUAUACAAGAUGUAUAUUCAGACAUUCAUCAUUGACUGGACAAGUCAGUGUGCUUCCUCUGUGUUGACAAAGGAAAUAGUGCAGAUUUCUGGUCAGAAAAUUUAUGACAAUGAUGGAUUCCACAGAGGGGAGGUUGAUUGGAUCAAUCACAACUUUUUUUAAAGAUGGGACCUAGGGUAUACAAAGAAAUGCCAAAUGCCCUCUUUAACCAAACAACAGUGGAGUUGUCACCGGUCAAGCAAUGAAGUAGAUGACCCAUACUGUUACGACGAUUCCAGUGUAUCAAAUUUCUAUAUUUUCUUCUUUCCUUUGAAUCCAAGGCCAAUUAGCCAGAACUAAACAAAUAGACGGCAAAAAUGUGUGAAAUUGAAAUUUACCUGAAUUUCACCAAACACUGUACAAUCAAACCUACUUUAGCGACCAGUACCGGCUGCAAAGAAGAGUGUAAGCCUAGCAAUAUGCUAGGCUCUGUUACAACUGGUAAUAUGCCAGCAAUGAAUGCCCAAUGUCACAACAAUGUGUUUUUUUAUCAACAUAUGACAUCACAAUCAAAGUCUGGGCCCUCUCUUAGUGUUCUGUUAGCGAUAACAACAUUUCUGUGCAGCUGCCUCAGCUGUAUUGAAGGAACUCCUGUCUACAAAACCAAUAAUCUGGUUUCCAUUGAACAGUAUUCCCAAUUGAACCAUAUAUUCAAGAACCUGUCCAUAAAAAAAUCACUUUCCUUGUCUUCCUCGGGUAGUCUUUAUAUACUGGUGGGUGUUUCAUAAAGCUGCUCGUAAGUUAAGAGCGACUUUAAGAACGACUGGUGAUCCUUUCUUGUGGAAAAUGGUAUAUUCACUGGCAAUGGUUAAGCGCAUAAGGUUCAUCAGUCGUUCUUAAAGUCGCUCUUAACUUACGAACAGCUUUAUGAAACGACUCCCGGGUCCCACUGUUGAUUGUUCAUUUUCAUAACGAUUUCAUAUCAAUAUUAAGUUUGGUGAGGUUGUAUAACACAUGCAGUAAAUAAAUACAUUCUACACAAUCAUAUUCUUUGUAUGUACCAGUAAAUAUGUUUAAUAAAUAAUUUCUGAUAAAGAGAAACUUGGACAAGAGCACUUGUAACUUACUGCAGGUUGAUCUUUAUUUUGAGAAUUUGGUAAAAACUUGUUCAACAGUUGGAGUAUAUUUGAAAGGUCUAUACAGAUUACAAUGGUUGCCCAAAAAUUUGAACAGUGUAAACUAGUGUAUUCUAUAUGAAUGCACAUGAAACCAUUAUUCUGUCUAUCAGAGGUAUAUUUCCCAGUAUUCAGCUUUGAUUUCUUAGUUUUCAGUCUCAUUUCAGGUACAUGUACAUGUUGAACACGUAAGGACAUUAUUACCACAAACUACAACUUAAAAAUUUUCAAAUAUGACAGGUUAUGUCUUUGCAAAAAUCUCUAAACAUUGAAAUGUUUCAAAUUCAAAGGCACAAGACAUUUGAUUGUCUUCUUGCUGUCAAUUUCUAUGGAUUAACCAAAAAAAUUACAAGAUGCUAUACAUAUAUUAAGAAAUGGACCUACAUGUAUUCGCCGAGAACACAUCAAGCAAGAGUGUCAGUACAUAAGGGAAGACCACAAGAGGAAAAUAACUUAAUUGAAUUUAUUUAUAAAUAAUUUUUUUAGUCCCCCAGCAAAACUACCACCAAAAUAAUUUAGCACACUAUCAGUUGAACGUACAAGCCCUUAAAAAUGACACAAAUACAUUGUAUACACUUUAUACAAUACUAGAACAUUACGAUCAAAAGCAAUUAUCCUAAUGUUAUGGAAAUA